UUGACAACCUUCUUUUCUCCUUCUUCCUUAUUCUCUCUUAGUGAUAAUUAUUCAUGGCUUCUUUAAUUUACUCAUUCAUGUUAUCAACCCUAAUCCUAUUUGGAAUCCAAAUGGCCGGAGCUCAGCUCUCUUCCACUUUCUAUUCAACCUCUUGUCCUUCCGCCCUCUCCACCAUCAAGUCCGCCGUCACCGCCGCCGUCUCCAGCGAGGCUCGCAUGGGUGCUUCCUUACUCCGUCUUCAUUUUCACGAUUGUUUCGUUAAUGGAUGUGAUGCUUCGGUGUUGUUGGAUGAUACCGCAAACUUCACCGGUGAAAAGACCGCGUUACCUAAUAACAACUCUUUAAGAGGAUUCGAGGUUAUUGAUAAUAUCAAAACUACCUUGGAGAAAAAUUGUCCCGGCGUUGUCUCUUGUGCUGAUAUCUUAACCGUCGCUGCUCGUGACUCGGUUGUCGCGUUAAGUGGGAAGAGUUGGACAGUUCCAUUAGGGAGGAGAGAUUCAACAACCGCAAGUCUAAGUGCAGCCAACACAAACAUUCCCGGACCAAACCUAGACCUGUCCGGUCUCAUUUCAUCAUUCUCAAACAAAGGUUUCACUGCCAGGGAAAUGGUUGCCCUCUCAGGCGGACACACCAUAGGAAGUGCCAGGUGUGUUGUGUUCAGAAACCGAGCUCAUAACGAAACCAACAUCGAUGCGAGUUUCGCAACUUCUUUGAGAUCAAUAUGUCCCACCUCAGGAGGUAACAACAACCUUGCUGCGCUCGAUGUCACCACACGCGACGUUUUCGAUAAUGCUUACUUCACUAAUUUGAAGAGCUUUAAGGGACUUCUUCAUUCCGACCAGGAAUUGUUUAAGAAUGGAUCGGCCGAUGCUAUUGUCAACACUUAUAGCGCAAACUCAGCUACUUUCUUUACCGACUUUGGUAAUGCCAUGGUUAAGAUGGGAAAUCUUAGCCCACUUACGGGAACCAACGGUCAAAUUAGGACCAAUUGCAGAAAGACCAACUAAUUGUAUGCAUUUGGGUAGGUGAUUUUUCAGGACAGGGGAAUGAGAAACUUAUGUUUGGUACUUGUGUUGUCUUUUUAAUUUUUGGCUUAAUUUGGUUAAGUCAAUUUUAGUAAGAGUGUGUGAUUUGCAAGUUGUAAUAAUAAGAACUAAGAGAUCAGCAUUAAUGGAAUGAAUGUUACUAUUUAAGUUAAUGUUAUUGU